CACGACGUUAGAACUUAGGCUUGGGCGAUGAGCCAAUCAGAAUCAGAGGAUAAAAUCAAGAUCGGACAAUAGGGGUGGCGCAGAACCUCCGAAUCCAAAGACAAGACCCACCCGCCAACUCGCAUGGCACUCAUCGCUCAUCUCUCCUCUCCUCUUCUCCUCCCCCGUUAUCUUCACAACCCCUACCUAAACCCCAAACCCAACCUCACUCUUGCUUUCAGAAAUAGCAGAAUCAGGGCCGUUGGGGGCGGUGACAUGCUUGGUGACUUUGGGGCCCGGGACCCCUUCCCGGCAGAGGUAGAGAGUCGUUUUGCGGAGAAGGUGCUGGGCAACGUCGACACCGAGCACAAGAUCCUCAUCCCCAGCAUCUCCACUCUCGCUCUUUCCCAGCAGGAGUGCGCCCCCCUCUCUCCUUUCCAGCCCCCCAUGUCCACUGAUGAGGCUCAGAAGCUCUUGAAAAAAGUGGUUGGCUGGAGGCUAUUGGAUGAAGAAGGUGGUCUUAAACUACAAUGCUUGUGGAAAUUGAGAGAUUUUAAAUGUGGGGUUGAACUCAUUAAUAGGAUUUAUGAGGUUGCAGAAGCUGCAGGGCAUUACCCAAACCUCCACUUGGAACAACCAAAUCAAGUUAGGGCUGAACUUUGGACAGCUUCCAUUGGGGGCUUGAGUAUAAAUGACUUCAUUGUAGCUGCCAAAAUAGAUGAGAUAAAAACGUCAGAUCUUGUCCCAAGAAAAAGAAUUUGGGCCUAGUUGAAGCAUUAUAUUGCUUGGCUGAAGAGGUCACAAAAACAAUUUGCUAUAUGGUUUGCCCGUGAUUAGUAGGUUUGGCUUUAUUGGAAGAAGAGGAGUCUUGUUGAAUGCCUUGUUAGAACUUAUCAACUUCAGAAUUUUGAUGACACAAAGUCAAGUUGUCCUUGAA